AUGGAAUCUAGCGCCACCGCCUGGGAGUUAGAUAGUGAUGAGAUCGCAUCAAUCGCCUCUGAAGAUCUCCACGAACACAGACCAAAUCGUUGGACAGGGCCUAAGUCAACAUGGCGCACCCUGACAGAGGAGGAUCGAUUAGUCUGGCAGUCGAUGAAACAGAUCCAGGAUCAGGACCUGGCGGUACAUUUAUAUAAUUCUUUUGCGCUGAAGCGACGAAGUCAAAAUGCGGCGACGGCACAAGAUUUGGUUGUCACAACUGAAUCUGGCCAACAGGGUAUAUGGGCACCACCAAGAUCAUGGACUGCAUGGCCAUUAAAGCAUAAACAUGUGCCAAAAGAGCGGUUCACUAACGAACAGCACGACGAAGAUGAUCGCUUUACAUUCCGCAGGAAAGAGGAACUACUUCCCAGCACUGAACUGGAGGAGGAGGUCUCUGCCACUAUCCUGAGAACCGCCAAACGUCGCUUCCGAAGAAGAAAGAGUAAGAUGGCCAAGCCUUCAAUUGAAGAUUCUACACCUCUCCCCAGUGACAGCGGCAACACCACGCCUGAUGUCUUGUCGCGAGAGUCGUCUGCUAAGCCCGAGACGGAAGAAGAGAGCGAAAAAAUGGCUGUCGACGGAGGAGAGGAUAAGAUAAGAAUCCGACAAAAACCCAAGACGUAUGAGCCGAUGGAGUCUACCAACGAUGAGGCAUCUUAUGCGCUCUUGCGGCCAUCAACCCGACACAUUCUUUCACAACUCGACGAUACUUUGACAAUACUUCGAAACUCACGUAUAGCUGGUGUGAACUAUCUUUCCGACUCCUCAGCCGAAGACGAAUCAGACAACCAGAGUCAGAGUGGCCAAAAGAGAUCACGCGGCCGCCCACGAAAGAUCCUACAUGAAGUGGGUGCAUCCGGAUCAGCUUCUCCAGCUCCAGAUGGCAAAGCCGGCAGACGAGGUCGCCCUCGAAAGGUCCACGUCCCUCUUGAAGGAGAGUCACAGGAAGAGAUGCAGCAGCGCAUUGCUCGUGAAUCUCAUAGAAAGAUUCCUACGACAGAAGGAGACCGAGACGCCGCCUUCGAAGAGUGGAUUCGCAAGGGAGACGAAGUUAUCGAGCGAGAGCGAUCGCAGUCCCUGCAUCGUGCAACAUCCGAAGGUACAGAAACAUCCGAAGGAUCAGUAUCUGGGACAAAUGUGAACCGCAAACUAGCCCGACAGGGUCUUCGUGACUGGAGCGACGUACUCGGCGCAGCCGCUAUAGCAGGUUUCUCAAGCGAUGCCAUUGCGAGAGCUACACGACGAUGCACCGACUUGUUCGGCGAGGGAAUGGUAAUCAGGACAUUGAAUGAAGUACCUACCACAAACAAUAAAGGCACGACUUCUGUCGAAUACCGCCCAGCGACUAUCGAGCUUCCCUACUCCGAUUCCGAGGCCGACGAUGAAAGUGAUGAUGCCGCAGACCUUGCACAGCGCCGCGUUGUAUCUCGUCAAGUCUCUCUUGCCCAUUCGAGCCGCAGUCCAGACUCCAUCCAAAGCAGUCCCCGGCGCUUAACACGCUCACCAUCCGCCGGCAGAUCCCCGAGAUCCCGCUCCAACUCCGCAGGAGGUCUAAUAUUCUGUCCAAUACCUUCCUGUGACCGUGCGGCGCAAGGCUUUACACGUAAGGCGAACUUGCGAAGACAUCUUGAGAUUAUUCAUCAGGGACAGACGGAGGAACUAGAUAGUGACGAGGAGGUGGUGGGUGGUGUGCAUGUUGACGGCUUUUUGAAGCCGAUCGUGCCGGGGAGGGGAUGGAGAGGUGAGGACACUAUACAGAGGAAGAGGAAGAGGUUUUACGGAGAGAAGCCGGGGAUAAGUCGAGAAGCAAGCUAUGGAGAGGAGGACUCGUCGUAG